AUGCUCAGGAGGUUUUACGAACUGCAGGAUGAAGUCAAGCAGUUGAUGGAGAUGAAGGGAAAACUUGUCAUGGAACUCAAUGAUAGAAAGUGGCUGUGUGAUCUAGCAUUCAUGGUGGACAUUACCAAGUACCUCUCAGAGCUGAACAUCGAGGUGCAGGGCCCCAACCAGCUUCUCAGCUCACUGCUUUCAAACGUUAAAUCAUUUGAAGGUAAAGUAAACAAAUUAAAUCAAACAUCUCUGCUACACCUUUCAAUAUGGAACCAGGUGAUGUACCUGAUAACCUACAACAUGAAAUAA